AAAAACGUGGUGCAUUUUGCACAUUUCAAAACAGCAGGAUAACACAGCACAAACACAAUUAAUCAAGAACAUUUCAUGAUUUUAUUUACUGUACAGAAUGCCCAGCCAGAUGAUUAAAAACCUUUGUGUUGUCUCAAUAGAGACUUUCAGCAACUUGGUGCCAAAGGAAAUGUAGGUCAAACGUCCCCACCAAGUCUGUACCCCUGGGUUGAAGCAUUCAUUUGUCACCAAGAAACAGAUGUGCUUUAUAUUGUAGCAGAGUGUUCAUCAAUCAUAUAAAAACUACCGUUAGUGAGGGCUGUUCUUGUAGCUGACACGCACAAAGUAAAGAAACAAAAAGAUCAUGGGUUUGAAUUAUGAUCAUGAGAGAGAAGGAGAGAGACAUUGUUAUUGAUUGUUCUUUUGGUACAAUAAACCUCUUCCAAACUCUGUGAUGUCUCUCCAUUGGUAGGAUUUGGUGUCAAACACUGACUGUGUCACAGUACCAGCACAGUAUUAUAGCUGUAGGUAGAGCAUUCACUUGUAAUUGUUUGAUUUUUUUUUUCCUGUGCGUGUCUACUUUAGGUUCUACAAAGAAUCAAAAAGCCUCUCCCACCACUACACAACAAAGAAAUGUUUUACCACCUAGUCUAUCUUUUCCAGCUGUUCCAACAAGGCGUAAAAGUACGCGACACAGAUGAGUUAACACAAAAUGCGAUUCGGUUUUAUUUUAAGAUUCCGUGUGAUGACCUGUAUUUGACUCGCGAUCGGACAACACAAAUUACCGGAGGCACCUGAAUGCAUCCUAAACUAAACUCCAGCUCCACAUUUGUCAGAGCAGAGCGUCCCCAAGCGGACAAAAAAGAGUGAGCCGCGAGAGAUUAAAAUAAAAGAAAAAAGAUUGCGUUUCAUAUUCUAACCUAUCAAGUUUCUUUUCCUUGCCGAGUGUAAACCCGUGAAACUACGCUAUGGAUAAAAACGACACUGUCGUCGUUACAGGUAAAGUAAGUCAUGAACUGUCUGCUGAGUAAAUACACCCUUCAAACCCGCGUUUAUUCUGACACGCGACUUCUCGUCUACUUUACAGGGUUCGGACCUUUCAGACAGUUCUUGGUGAAUCCCAGCUGGAAAGCAGCCCAGGGGUUGAAGCUGGUGGGACUGGGAGAGAGGAUUGAUGUUUACAUCAAGGAGCUACCGGUGAGCUAUGUUAAAACCCAGAGGAUUGUCGCUGAACUCUGGCAAACUCUCCACCCAAAGUUUGUUGUACAUCUGGGUCUAGCCAGAGGCUCCAGCGUCAUCACUCUGGAGCAAACGGGGAGGAACAGUGGAUACAGUGACAGAGACGUGCGCGGCUCCUGCCCCGAGAGGCACCUCUGCGUGGAAGGCGGACCAGAGAAACUUGACUCGGUCAUCAACAUGAAGGCCGUCUCCAAGCACUUCAGAAAAGCAGGGACGGAUGUGAUUUAUUCAAGAGAUGCCGGGAGGUACCUGUGCGAUUUUGCAUAUUACUGCUCACUGCAUGGCGGUCGGGGGAGAGCAGCACUCAUCCACGUCCCCUCGUCCGGAAGCCUGGCCUCUGCUGACAGACUGGUGCCUCUGCUGCAGGCCGUCAUUCGGACCAUGCUGGAACAGCUGACAGACCCUUGACAGGCGCCAGUAGCUGAGAGGUGACCAAGAGCUGAGGUGCGUCUUCAUCUCGACGCCAGAAUGACGCAGGGGAGACACGGCGACCUGAAGAAAAUUCAGUGGCGCAAGCAAAUAUAGUUCUCAUUCAUUUAUUUAUUCAAAAAAAUUUCAGAGAGAGAGAAAAAAAAAGAAAAUACAAGAAAUUCUCAGAUACACAUUUGGAGACGGCAUGUCAAAAGUACCCCAUCUCGGCUAAAGAUGUGAAAAAACUUUGAGGCCUCAGAUACAGAGCUUGAGAGAAGACAAGAGUCUAGUGAAAUAGGUUUUGAUUAUUUUCUUUUCCCCAAUCAAGUAAAGAACACACCGAUUUUGUGAAAGCAAUAUAAUAAAAUAGUAGUAGUAGUAGUAGUUGUUGUAGACCAAGGCCCCCUCAGAAGGUAUAGGAAUGCAAAAAUCAUAAAAAAACAGAAGCAUGGUAAUGAUGAACCUCAAACUAUUUAUUGCAGUUUAAAUGCACCUCCAGAAACCUGACAUUUGCAUGAAUAUUCAGAAGAAUUUAAAUGACUAAAAUGAAUGCUUUUUUUUCAGUUACUGUAUAUUUACGCUGGAAAUCUAAGUUAACGCAAAAAAAAAAAAAGAACUAGCGUGAUAUUGUAAACUAUCGUCUUUUUUUUCCUCUAUUUAUGUUCGUUUACCAUUACUACCCGUAAUCUAUGCAACAUCCCUGUCCCAUUUACGGUAUAUGUUUCCAUGUGUUCCAUGUAAAGGCUGCACUUUGACAGGCUUCUGAUCUAAUCAACAUUAUUAUUAUUAUUCACCUCACAAAAUUCAACGUCUACUCUGACAACUGAAAUACAUCCUUUCUGGAGAGAGAAAAAAAACAAACAUAAAAUGCACAGAUAUGUUAUGUUAACUACUCAAGCUUGUUGCUUGUCAGUGGUGUUUUCUAUACCAGUGUGCAGCAGCAAUCCAACUGUCUUUACAGCUCAAAGAAAGGUUCAGCGUGAUUCGUUUGAACUUCAAAUCACGCACAGAUUUAACUGUUUUUGAAGACCUUUGAUUGAACAUCCAAAAUUCACUUUGGGAAUAAACCCAGUUGGCCUAUUUAUAAUAUAUAUAUAUAUAUUUUUUUAUUGCUUUUUGUGUAUUUGAAGCGCAGACUUUCUAUUUGCUUCACGCUCCCUUGCACUGAGAUGAUGCUCUCUGGGUAGCCACUAUGGGGGGAGGGACAAGAACAAGAGGUUUCAUAAGGAGCUUUGAGAUGGAAAAAAAAUAAAAAAUAAAAAAAAGCUACUUUGCCACCUUGUUUGUGUAACAUUUUUGGUGACAAUAUAAGAUCCACUGAGGUGACUGAAUCAGCAGCAUUAUCAUAAGUAGCAGUACAACAGGCCGCAAAAGGCGAGUAGAGUUUCUGAAUGGGCAGGUGAGAUUUACACUGAUGAUUAUUGUGGAAAAAAAUGAUCAUAAGAGCAUGAAUGUCACGGGAUUCAGCAGGUAGACCUGGGAAGGGGAAAUGUAUGACAUUCACUCAACUACAAAGAGUUUAUGGGGUGAAGAAUAAUUAAAUUAAAUGUUGUUGUUUUUUCCCCAGCUGUUCUGAUUGCAUCACUGAAGUUUUCUGUUGAGGGGUCCCUACUUAAGACGAUGCUGCUUUCUCGGUUACAGUUACGGUUUUGUGUAUGAAGUACAAAAUUGUCUUUGUUACAUUCACAGUACUGAUCCACACACACACAUAACGGAAUUCAAUUCAAUAAUGAUUCAUAAUUCGAUGAGAAACAUGACGUUUGCGCUGUAUUCUUACAGCAACACACGCUGCAGGUGAACAGCGCCAUCUUUUUUUUUGUUUUCUUCUUCUUGGCGGCGAAUAAAACUUUUCCCUUUUAAAAUAUUUCCCGUGUUAUCUUUUUUUAGAUUUCUACAUAAAUGCAUUUUAGAUGUACGUUUUCUUUUUAAUCUGCUGAGGGUUUGAGGUUGUGAGAAUACGUUGGGAGUCAGUGGAGAUGGAAUGUGUGACGUUGAGCCCCCGGCCGCUUCUUUUAU